AGUUUGUGUUUUGGUUUGCUAAAAACUAGACGGGCAAAUUUAUAAUUUACAUAAAUAAUCUUAAUGCAUAAUUGAAAUGUAUCGUUUUAAUAUACUUGCAAUAAUUUUAAUCAUAUCAAUGGUUUUUCUAGAUGCCUCAGCAAACCCAACUGAAGAACUCAUUGAUGAACAGGAAGAGGAAUGUGCAUCGUAUUGCUUAAAGGUAUUCCUGUGGAACACAGUGAAUAUGAACAAUAAAAUUGAGGCCUGUGAUAAAAAGAGUAUGCAAAUGUCUGUUCUGCAAAAUCAACUGGAUGUCCUAAAAUUAAAGGAAACAAUGUACGAGAAGACAAUCAAGGAAAAAGAAGUGCAGUGUUCAAGACAAGAAAAACUUAACGAAGAUGUUGCCUCCAUAAGAGACAAGCUAGAAAACAUGACGGAAAACAAGCAACUUGAGGACAUUCUAAAACAAUUAGAGAGUUCUCGAGCCAUAAUUGAAGAGAAGAAUGAACAGAUAAGAUCACUAAAGACAAAAUUACAGAUCAAUGAAUUCUUACUGGGCACUUGUAAGUCGAAUAUUACAUUAAGUCCGGCAGCACUUGUAAGGCAAGAUAUGAGCAUGCUGGAAACGAGUUGCUCACGUAUUGAAAACACAACGGAAAUUUGGAAAAUUCAAGUACCAGGGAUGGAACCUUUUCGGGUGCGUUGCGACGGAAUUAUUGCUGGUCCCGGUUGGACCGUUAUUCAGCGACGUGUCGAUGGCACUGUGGACUUUAAUCGAAGCUGGGAUGAAUAUCGAACGGGAUUUGGAGAUCUCGAUGGGAACUUUUUCGUUGGCUUGGAGAAACUGUAUCGCAUGACAAUUUUCCAGCCACACGAACUGUUUGUCUAUCUUCAGAACUUUGAUAAUGAAAUUCGAUAUGCUCACUACAGCAGUUUUAGUAUCGGCAGCGAAGAUGAUGCUUACAAACUGAAAGAUUUGGGUGAAUUCGCUGGUGAUGCUGGCGAUGCUUUAAAGAUGAAUUUGAAUAUGAAAUUCACCACAUUCGAUCGGGAUAAUGAUAAACGCGGUUUCGACAACUGCUCCAUUGAGCGCCAGGGCGGAUGGUGGUUUAAUCAGUGUGCAAGAUCGAAUUUGAAUGGACGUUACUUUGAGAGGGAGUUGGACAAGUGGGAAGGCAUUUGGUGGUGGAAUUGGCAGGAAACGCGUACACUUCAAUCAGUUCAAAUGCUGAUAAGAUCAAUAAGUCAAAAAUAAAAACGAAUAAACACAAUACACACAUGUGUAUUUUAAAACUAAUUGUAUAAAUAUAUUGUAUUUCCAACGUUGCCGCCAAUAAAAUAACUUAUACGAUA